AUGGAAGAUCUGACUCAGUGUGACAAACCGAAGCCACGCUGGCUCUUGGAUACCCAUGAAUGGAGAAUUGUUCUCUAUACAGAAGUUGCUUCCCAGGUCGAAUCAGCGGACGAGGGAUAUGGAAUUGUCUCAUACACAUGGGGGCUUGCUCUGGGAUAUUCCGACAACUACACUUUGGACCCUGGAAGAUGCCAGGAAGAUAAUGAGCAAUAUUGGCAGCCGUUAUAUCUGGUGGGAUUGGAUGUGUGUUCCGUAGGAGGUCCUGAAUGGGACGAAGCCAAUUACCCCUAUGAUGAAGCAGGUGCAGGCAGAGGAGGUUGCAAAACAAGUGCUACAGAGCGAUGGCUUCUUUCGGGUUGGACACUGCAGGAAGGGAUUAUGUUGAGUGAAACAAGACUGAUAGAUGGCGCUGGUCAUACGUUGAACAAUGACCGGUUUAUCCAUGGCGGCAAGGCUCGAGUGGUCAACCUCACAGAUGUCAUCACCGGACUAGCAACUGAAAUUGGGAAGGCGUUUGUCAAUCAGGCCGAUGGAAAGGAACCACAGAGCCAGAUUGACAAAGCCAUCCGCGGCUCUACCGAGAAUUCCGAGAAACUGCUCGACGUUCUCAUUCAGUUCGUCAAGUCCGGUCUGGUUUCUUACGCUAAAGACUCGGCGCUCUACAUUUUGGCUGGCAAAAAGAAACGAUAUUUUAGCAGGCCACUCGACGAGUGCUGGGCGUUGCUGGGGGCGAUGGGAAUCGACGACGUGCAGGUCUCCUACACGCUUUCCAUGUGGGAAAGUAAAACGAUCUUUUUAAGAGCGCUGAUUCGAAAAUUUCAAUGGUCGAUGCUUUUGCUCCCAGAUCCCAGUCCAGCUACCCAAACAGCUUUCAAAUGGCUACAACUUGUGGACGGCGAUGUGACCCCGAUUGGCAUCUUUGUCGAUUCGAUGGUCGGGUGGAAAACCUGCCUAUCGUAUCAUAUUCGGGUUGCAGAUAAAGUGCGGCUUAUAUCGUCCACGACAGCGACUCAAGAAGAUAAAGAAAUUCUGUCGCAGGCGGUAUAUCUGCCUAUGGAAGAUCUAGAGAUCAGAGAAGAAUGUGUGGGAAAGAGAUGUGUGGUGAUUCAAGGGUUUUAUAAGCCACCACAGAGAGGAGAGGUCGGGGUUUACCGCGGCACUAUCGAUAUCUGGUGCAAGAACGCUGUGGAAAUUGUCGCAGGUUCCUUACAGCUUGACCCUACGCUCUAA